CGACGGAUCGAUCAUCCUCGAUCGAGAGCUUUACCAGUCAGCUGUUGGUGAUUGAAUCUAGUCUUAAAAGCCUAACGGGAUCGAUCUAUGAUCAUACAGCUCUAGAUUGCAUCGACCCAAAUCCAUGGACCUUUGUAGGGAUGUGAGACCACACAAAGGCCGCAGCUGUGAUCCUGCAGCCUCAACUUUGCCUUGUGGGCCAAGACUGAAGUUUGUCAUGUGCUUGUCCAUGGAGAGACAGCUCGAACCUUGACUUAAAUUGGUGGCUGUCUCUGCUUUGGCCAGAAAGACGCUUUUGACAAAUCCCGAGGUUACAACCUGUAACCUUGGGAUGGCGUUUUUCAUCCAUCAUUAGUGCAAAUGUGGUUAUCCAGAUGAGCUCUAAUAUUCCACCGAGGGAUUUUCAGAACGUAAAAGUCUCGCAACUACUCCUUCACCAGAGAGAGAGGAAACCAGAUGGUCACGAGAAGACCCACGUUAUGAAGCUGGUGUGCACAACCCCAAGAAACAAAUGCAAAGGAAACUUUACACGUCUCCCGGCGAGCCCUGAUGAUUGUCCAAAUAUCGGACGUACAAUCUCACGUCAAACAUAUUCGGUCAAGCUCAUCAUCGACUGUCAAAGAAAGGCAUGGAACGAAAAGCAUUCUCCGAAUGUCCGCUGAUUGUGAUCCCAUUCCAAGAGACGAUUUUCCGCAGUCUUAUGAAACCCACAAACCUCAAUUCGAAAGUCGCAAUGAAGAGUCAAAUCCGAGAUACGAAACAAUAUGUUAUGCACGAGGGUUGUUGCAUGAAGACCGAGGGGACAGAACAAAGGACGAGGAACGAACAACAAAAGACGGUCAUCGAUGGAGGCUUCGGAUGAGGUACGGGUGCCCCGUCUGGACAGUGGUCAAGAAUCGAACUAUGGUCAAACGAAGGUUGGGACAACGGCUAGCACAUGAGGGAGCAUUGGGGAAAGUUCCUGCUUCUGCUUCGAACAUCGACCUCCGACUUUCGGCGUGACUCUGCGUAACUGCUUUCGCGCAAAGCGGCGAGGCCGAGCGGGUCAAGACAAAGCGUUUGGUUUGAACUUUGAAUUUCGAACGUUCGGAAUUUGAACGGCGAGGGGAAAGGUGGGGUUCUCGGUGCUCGGGGUUUAUUCCAGAUUCCGGGGACGAGAGCGAAUCCAUAAUGCGUAAAGACUGAGCAUGAAGUGCUGAGUUAAUAUUCUGAAAAAAUUCACAUUCUCGCUUUGGUUUCUUGCACGAUUCGAUUCCAACGCGAUGGAAUACAGCGCCUGUCGAUGCGUUGUUGAAAUGCCAGAUUGUUUCCUGAGAUUUUUGGUACCGUCAGAGAUGAGGGUUGACUGAAAUCGGGCGGUCCCGACGAUCACAUCCACGGGCCUUGCAGCCGACGGUGUCCCCAUAAAGCGAGAGUUGUAUAAAUGUGGAGAUGCGAGUUUUUUUUAUAAAAAGGGACGGGAUGUCUACGAAACCACAGAUAGAUUCUCAUGCCAGAUAAGAAGAUCGAGCCUACAGAAUCGAAAUUCAAAGAGAGAUAACUCAAACACGAAGGUGACUUAUCAUAUAAACCUCCCUUGGUAUUGGGUCAGCCCUAAAUGUUGCUGUCUCGGGCUCCGACCUUCUUUCUCUUCCUCUCUUGCCAUGGAGCGAUUCUUGCUCCGAUUCUCAGAAUCAAGCGCUUGAGUCUCCGCGUUGCAGUUGUCACGAACAACUCCUGAAUGUGGUCAACAUAUGUAUCAAGAAAAAGAGGAGAUGACUUGCAACGAACGAAUU